CCUGCUGCUCUUCCACGGGAAAGCUCCGCCGCCAUUGGUUGGGAAGGAACAUUCGAAGCGCCCCCAUUGGCUGGCACGCAGCUCACACCCCUGCAGGAGCGUCCUUGGAGGAAACUGGUCUACUUCACAAGUUCUGUAAUGAGAUCGGAGCUGCGAGGGGAGCAGGAUAACCCAGGAGGAAUUGGUUUGCUAGGACUGAACGGAUCAUCUUUGGCAAUUGCAGUAACCGCUCGCUCUGCGUAUAACUCCCAGUUAGAAGGCACUAAACGCUGCUCUGUCGGGGGGAGGGAAAGAAACAAUCGGAGGCCUUGAAGUGUUCUUUAAGCAUCCUGAAAUUUCCAGGGAAUGAAUUUGUAAUGCCUGCAGGAUGUGAAAUUCUGGUAUACCUCUGUCCUCUGCCCCACAGUUUGAAGCAGCAAUCCAGUUCAUCUCCUUUGCCCCUAUGAGAAUCCUGGACUCUUUUCCUCAAAAGCCCAGAAUGGCAGUGGAUGUAGCCAUGCAAUUCUACCUGCGGGCGCCCUCUUUGCGGAAAGAGAGUUUUGCCUACAAAAUAGCCCCAAAGAUCAAGACGCCUUUGCGACCCUGCAUCCAUGUGAACAGCAGCCCUGUGCUGAAAGAGCUGGGGUCAGAGGUCCAAGCUCUGCGGAGGAACCGGGUGAAAAAAAGGGUUUCUUUUGCAGACAGCCGUGGCUUGGCUCUGACAGUGGUGAAAGUGUUCUCAGAAUUUGAUGACCGCUUGGAUAUUCCCUUGAACAUCACAGAACUAAUAGACAACAUUGUGGGCCUGACCACGGUGGAUCACGAUGACUUUGUCUUGGAUUUCAUACAGCCUUCUGCAGAUUACUUGGACUUCCGGAAUCGCCUCCAGGCAGACUGUGUUUGCCUUGAGAACUGCAUGUUGAAAGAUAAAGCUAUUGUGGGUACGGUGAAAGUCAGGAAUCUGGCAUUUGAGAAGGCCGUCAAGAUUCGGAUGACCUUUGAUACUUGGAAAACCUUCAUGGAUCACUCAUGCCAAUAUGUGAAGGACACCUAUGCCAGCUCCGAUAAGGAUACAUUCUCCUUUGAUGUUAGCUUGCCAGAACGGGUUCAAGCCCAUGAAAGAAUUGAGUUUGCAGUGUGUUAUGAAUGUGAUGGCAAAAUCUACUGGGAUAGCAACAAGGGGUUCAAUUACAGGAUCAUACGCUCUGAACUCAAAUCAGCUCGAGAAAUUUCUCAGCCUUGUAGUGAGACAGAUUUUGGAAUUGCCUUUGAUCAGUUUGGAAGCCCCCGGUGUUCUUAUGGUUUAUUUCCUGAAUGGCCUAGCUAUUCCGGAUAUGAAAAACGUGGCCCUUAUUACUAAAUCAGAGCCUCGGGAUUAUAUUUACUGCACAAGAAUGAAGAGACAGAGAUAGAAAGCCCUCUUGUGGAGGUGGCUGCAGAGUACGCAAAAGAACUGAAGUUUGUAGUUACAGAAUGGAAACAAAGAGAAAUGUUAAAACUCCUGGCUGCAAAGGUUUUUAGGGCAGAUGCUCUCUUCAUGUUCCUUUGAAUAUAAAGAAAAGGAGAUGGUCUCCUGUGACAUGGCUGCCACAGAUCAAAUUCAGCACUUGGUGCUGUCGUUUGGGCCAUUUGGUUUCUGUGCAUCCUUUGAGAUACAUGACAGUAUUGUGAGCUGUGCAAGAACAGAUUCCCCCCCCUUUUUUUUUCCCUUCUGUAUUCUGGAAUCAAACUUGAUAUGCACCUUUCUGAUAAAACCAACUCUCUGAGAAGAAAUGCAGGGAUGAGCUAAGCAGUCUUCCUCCUGCCUUAAUCAGAUUGUACAAUCUGUGAGAGGCUAAGAGUCGCAAAUGGAAAAGACUAUAAUUUUAGCUCAGAAGAUCCUUUGCUUCCUUCCAUUUUAGGAAUUGCCUUGUUUAUGGGAAGAUUCCAAAAUGCUUACUCACCAUUCUGCCUGUAUCUCUCUUCCUAAACACAUAUGUACAUUUCUUUCAGUGGCUGAGCCAGACUAGCCCUAUGUAGCCUAGUCACAUAAUCCACCCUUAACCAACCUGGUGCCCUCAGGAUGUGCUAGACUUUAGUUCCUAUGAUCUCCAGGCUGGACAGUCAGUGGCCUGGAGAAGGCUGAUGUAGCAUUUUGGCUUCCACAAUAACUAAUAAUUUUAUUUAGGUGAUUUUAUUUAUCUCCCUCCUUUAUUAAGUGGUGGUGGACUGUUAAGAAUAAAAUUGUUUUUAAGUCUUAACUCCUCAUGACACCAUCUUAUGUACAUUUAAUUUUGUUGGGGCCUGCUGGGCUUAAGUCAUCUGGGUGAAGAACAUUUUAAAAUUUCAUUUUGUUUCAUGAAUUUUAUAAAAUAUCUAUAAAUUGAAUGUUACUGACAUAAAUAAGAUAUCAUGUCAAAUAAUGGAUACCCACUAAGUCGAGUUUUCUGUUGCGCUCCUCAACACUUAUGCUCAGUAAAAGAAGCAUUUUAACUCAGUGGUAGGACAGACAUUUUGAUGCUUGAUCUCUCUAGAGCUUAAUAAAUCAAUUGUUUAAUACAGCAUAGAGUAGGCUACAGUCUAUUAAAAAGCAUAGAAAACACACCAAAGUCUAAAAAAAAAAUUAUUAGACAAAGCUGAAAGACAGAAAACAGGAAGUAUAUGCAUAAAAACCAAAAGCCUAAAGGGAAACUGGAAGAAGGUGUGGGAGCAUUAGAUAAAUGCAGGGGAACUUAGAGAUUAGUCUAUAGCAGACUAAAUCUAUCACAGUACAGAGGACUAUAGAAUGAUGAAGUAGAUGCUCAUUGAAGCUGCUUUAUGCCAGAGCUCAUCGUCUGGUGGAUUUUAAGCACUGCUAUGCAGAACCUGGCAACGAAUGUUUUAACAGAGUUAAUAUCUGAAAGAAGUAGAAAGAUGUAGAAUUGUCCUGUACACUCUGGGUAUUUGUAAAAUGAUGGCAAGUGAGCGUAGUAGGAAUGUCUCUGUAGUACAGACACUGGAGGAGUACGUGCUCUGUUGUUUCUGUGUGUCUGGAGUCAUAGGGGCAUGGUCUCUCUUAGUAGGGGAUCUUCCAGUGUUGGCCUUCAAUGGCAGCUGAAGUGAGGGCAGAAAUUGUGCCAGAGUGAAUUAAACAGCUGUUCAAGAACCCAGGAGCUUUAUUAUAGAAAAGCUAAAAUCUAGUAUGAAUGAAUUCUAGUGAUUACUGUGUAUCAAACAUGACUCCUCUUUAUAAUGAAAUCAGUGUUCAAAUUCUUGUCAAUUUCUCCUAACCAAUCUAUGCAAUGGGCUAGAUUGCCCACCCUUUUGACAGAUAUCCUGGUCUUUUCUUUGUUAAUGGGCAUAUGUAGUAUGAAAUGAAAUAUCAAUUUCCUAUGUUCUUGAACUCUGGUAAAGUUGAGAGGGAAAGAUGGUUAACCAAAAAUAGUAAAUCAUUCCCUGCAUGCAGAGGAAAACAAUACAAAAAUAUUGCUUCAUCUUCAUCAAUUUAUCACUAUUUCUUUUCUGAAAUAUUUUCUCCUAUUGGCAGAAACGGGGGGAUACCCAUAUGUUAUCAUUUACUGGGGCCAAUCUUCUCUGGUUCUUGUUUAACACUAAAUAAAGUCAUUUAGAUUUUUUAACUUGGAUUAUAAAUCCAACUCACUAGAAAGUUAACCCUUUUCAGGGCUUGUUUGUGAUAUCUAUAACAAAAUGGUGAAAUUACUUGAAAGCUCAAAGAUAUAUGUACUAGAGUUUCCUAACUCAACCUUAAAGCAAAUCAGCUGUUAUGGUGAUUGAAUAAGGAGCCCCAUAAAUGGUUUUGCUGAAUGUGAACUAGAACUGAGGAUUUUAGAUUUAGUAUCUAAAUAUUCAGAUGACGUUCUUAUGUUCCCUGUUCUAUCUGGAAAAAAAAUCUUCAUUUGGAAAGGAGUUCAUGCAAUUUUGGAAAAGCAGCAGUAACCAAGCUUGAUUACUUAGCAUGAUGCAAGAGCCUUGCCCUGGAAUGUUAGCUUGUGGUUAGAAAUUGGGAAAGUCUGUCAACAUGCCAUAGCUUGUUUCUUAAGAAAUAUGAAUACCCAACAUUUCCUUAACUCUCUAUGAUGAGUACUGUCAUUUCAUUUGCAUGCCUUCAACUUGAAUUAAGACUUGGCACUGGACUUGUUAGAAACUGUGUAUUAGAAACCUCAGCACAAAUAUCCAAUUGGUCUUAGUUAUUGCUGCUUUAAUUUUUUUUUUAAAAAAACCUGCAGACAGUGUGAUCAGCAGUUGCAAACUUGUUAUGAUAAAGCUGAACUUGAUUUCUCGUACGUGCCGUGGGUCUCUUUUUCACACUGCCAUUUGAAAAGUGAGAAAGGCUUCUUUCGCAACGGGGUUUAUUCUGAGGAAAAGGAUUUUGGGGCUGAGCCAUUCUGAUGUGAUGACUAAUACUUUCUGUGAAGGGAAACUGAAUCCUUCGGUUGGUUAUAUGGCAGAAAAAAAUCAUCUAUUUUUUACUUCCCCAAGAAACAAGCAUGGACAUCUUAACUGCUGCUUUAACUUAAAUAGCAAGAUAUUCAAAAUCAUUUGGAAGUGAAGCCACUGAACACAGCAGUACAUAUAAUCAAAAGAAAUAUGUAUCAUAACCUUUCUCUUCUUGAAGGCCUCCAGAUGCUGCAGGAGAUGAUGGGAUGAUUGUCUGCAGGGUCUGGGAGGGCUUGAGAAGCAGGAGAAAGCUAAUGUGUAAAUUUGUAGUUAGAAAGUAGACAAUUAGUUUAAAUUACAAGUUUGGGAUUGCAAGUGGGAAGGUUACUAUAGACUACAAGAAAUGUUUUAAUCCUUGUGUGUAUUCAAGAAAUAAUCCCCCAAAGUCAUGUGCAAAAUCCAUUCCUUCAUGCAACUCCUCAAUAAAAUUGCAAAUUGGCUGUUCACAAUUGCCUUUCAUGUUGACUUAACAUGCCAGUAGAAAAAACAAUUUGGGGAAACUUAAUGCAUUGUCCUUAAUCUUCUGAUAAGGACUAUAUGUCACCCUAUUUAGAGAAGGUUUCUUCCUGUAGCCUUGAAACAUGCCACAUCUUUAUAAAUCUAGAUCCUACUCAGAUGGUCCAUCCUUCUGUAUUAAUCCUUCAUAUUUCCACUGUGUCUAGGGAUUUGAUAUAGGACUGAAACUUCUCAAAUAACAAUAUUGAACUGGAGAAUUCUGGACAAAUCAAACAUACACCAGUUGAAUUGUUUCCAUCCAAUUGUUUCCAUCUGGAUUCUAUAUAUCCCAUAACUCAAGGUUCCAAAGGCCUUAUGCUAAGCUGCAAUGGCUUCCUCUGAUGGUAUGUAAAACUAUCCUAAAGGUUUCCAAGAAAGUAGAUCAAAGUAUCAAACAUCAUGCCAAAGGGGCAAGGACACAAUUUGCUGAACUCAGAGAUGCAAAACCUGAGUUUCUUGGUCUGAAUGUUCCUCUGAUUGAAUUUUAAAAACAUGAGUAAUUUUAACUAUAACUAGUGCACCACUGCACAAAGUCAUAGAAGCUUGCUUGGUUUGGCUUUGUUUUGUGGAUGGCCAUUGGGUUUGUAAACCAAGGCUUAUUGAGUCACAUGUAAAUCCAAAUAAUUUGCUUCUUUAGCAGAUCUAGUUUAUUUUUGAUGUGACUAGAGAGAAAGAAAAAAAUACUUGACAGUGUGAAAUGCAUACCCAAGAUGGCUAUAAAAAUGCACUUUUAUUUCAGUCUUCUUUCCAAAUUUCAAAGCCAACUUCUUGGACUUUUGGGUUUUUCUUGCCUGUAUGAAUGUAAUGAGAAAUAGUCCAUUUUUUGCUUCAAGAUGCCCUGCCUGUUGUUAAAUAUAUUUUUUACACAACUGAAAAAUGCACUUUACAAUCACAAUGGAUUUAUUUUGUGUAGUGUUUUUUGAAAUGUUUUUAUCUGAGAGCAAAUAAUAAACUGUUACAAAUAAAA